GGCUUUCUUUGAGGAAAUAAGUCCUACACUACCCCUGAUUUUAUUAUAUGUUUAUUGAUUGGUAUUCUGAGUUGAACAUUGGAUUGCCAAAGUAUGCGAACUGAUGAAAUGGAAUAUAAAGGAUACUUAAAAGUCAAGACUCAUGAAUGAAGAGUCUAAGUACUAAGGUACCUAGAGAACCGUUGUGGAACCGUUAUGCUUAUUUCAAGUGGGGCAUCAUGUCCAAUAUUAAAGUUAUGUAAUUUUCUGGCAUCCCUACAAAAGCUUAAGGAAGGUAGGUAGUAGCGAAGUUAGAAUAUGGUGUCACCCGGAAGCCAAGAUUACCGGUAGGAACCACCUACAAUACUUUUUCUCUAUCAUCGCACCAUACGGCACGGUCAACAGCCGGUCUUCCUUCCUCAUCAAUUUUACGGAUUGGCUCCGUGUCGAAUAUCCGCGUCGUGAAGGAGGCCAAGCGAAAAAGACUUCCUCUUAUAAAAGGAGGUCGCUCCUGUGGGAGAAUAAGACGAGACACAAAUUUCAGUAUCAUAUCUCUAACUGCAUAGUUUCGAGCAUGGCGCCCAAAUCGAAGAAAUCAGCGCCUACUCCCGCGCCUGCGCACGACGCUCAUGGCUCUCAUGGUUAUGAAUUUGGUGGCCCAUUUGGUACCGCCGCGAUCACAUUCGGCCUUCCAGUUCUCCUCUACCUAUUCACCUUUGCCUGUAACGAUGUCUCCGGUUGUCCUGCGCCGUCGCUAUUAAGCCCGAAAACUCUAUCCAUCGAACAAUUGAAGGCCGAGGUAGGAUGGCCAGAAGAUGGUAUCUGGGGCCUAGCUAGCUGGAGAGUCACCGGCUGGACUGCGACGUACUACCUUUUCAGUGCCCUUUUAUAUCGUCUUCUACCUGCUACCGAGGUUGAGGGUACAGAAUUAUCGGGUGGUGGCAGACUCAAGUACAGAUUUAACGGCUUCUCCUCCGCUAUAUUUACCCUCGUCAUUUGCCUUGCUGGUACAAUUGCCCAAGGUGCCGAAUUCCCAUUGUGGACCUUCAUUGCCGAUAAUUAUGUACAAAUCCUCACCGCCAACAUCAUCUUUUCCUACGCCCUCGCGACCUUCGUGUAUGUCCGAAGCUUUUCCGUGAAGCCGGGCAAUGCCGAACUCCGACGACUUGCCCCGGGUGGUUGCUCCGGAAAUCUCAUCUAUGACUUUUAUAUGGGACGAGAGCUUAACCCCCGUGUAACGCUUCCUCUCAUUGGUGAGAUUGACAUCAAAGAAUGGACCGAGUUGCGCCCGGGUAUGCUUGGUUGGAUUAUCCUAAAUUGUGCUUUUAUUGCUAAGCAAUACCGCACUUUCGGUUUUGUGACCGACAGUAUUGUCUUCAUUACUAUCGUACAGGCUGUCUACGUUCUGGAUUCCGUAAUCAUGGAACCUGCUAUUCUUACGACAAUCGACAUCAUCAAUGAUGGUUUCGGAUUCAUGUUGUCGUUUGGAGAUAUCGUCUGGGUUCCUUUUAUGUACAGCCAACAGACGCGAUACUUGUCUACAUACCCAUUAACGCUCGGCUGGGCGGGUACUACGGCGGUGUCCGUUGUCCUAAUUGCGGCCUUCUCUAUUUUCCGCCUGAGCAACUUGCAGAAGAACAUUUUCCGCACUAACCCUAACGACUCACGCGUUGCUCACAUCACCUACAUCGAAACCAAGACCGGGUCACGACUAAUGACGUCGGGUUGGUGGGGUAUUGCGAGACAUAUCAACUACCUCGGUGAUUGGUUACAGUCUUUCCCAUAUGCUCUCCCUACUGGCUUCGCUGGCUACGCCAUUUUGUCAGCCGGCACUCAAGCUGAAGGAGCCAUCAAGGCUCUUGAUGGAAGGGAAAUUGUACAAGGCCCUGCCAAGUAUUGGGGUAUGAUCUUUACCUACUUCUACGUUGUCUACUUUGCUGUCUUAUUGGUUCACCGUGACCUCCGAGAUGAUGAGAAGUGCGCGAAGAAGUAUGGUGAGGACUGGGAGAAGUAUAAGAGCAUUGUGAAAUACAGGAUCGUACCUGGUAUCUACUAAGUUGAGCAUGUAGGAUAGGAUGAUCUGAGAAAGGUGGAUGAAGCAGGAUUAAUGCAUCGACGGAUCUUGACACUGGAUCGACGAAAACGCAAAAGAAAAGUGUAUAGUAUAAUGAGUAGGCUGUUAAACGAUAUUAUUAGGAAAAUACAUUGUGUAUCGAAUCGAUACCCCUGAUCAAGACACUGGCCUGCCUACAUACAGGUACCUAGCUGGUAGAUAAGGGGAAGGAAGCAACCUACCCCCGAUAUAUUUGGCAAGAACUACAUUUCUAGGUAUCAAAUAAAAGUACGUAUCUUUCG